CUGCUUUCGUAAUUCAAAUCGAAACAUUCUCUUGAACAUGUAUUCUAAUAAGUACGUUCGGGAAUUUUUCGUUAUAGUUCUCAUGAUUGAAUCGACGGUGUGUGACAUAAAUGAACCGCGAUGUUACAGCCGAUUUGACUACGAGGAAAAAAUGUUGGAGAAAAUGGUGAGAACUGAGAUAAAAAUUCAGGAGCUUCUGACCAAACUAGAAGUGCUGGAAAAGAGACUAACACAUGUUGAAACUGAGGUGGAUAACACGGUAAAGGAAAUACAAGGUCUAGAAAAGAAACACGAAACCGAAAAAGAAGAGACAGCGAAAGAGGUACAAGAUCUUGAAAAGGCAUAUGAUAGUUUACAAACUGAGUUAGAAAAGUUUGAAAACACGACGAAAUCCAAGUUCGACGGACAAGAGAAAUCGCUUGAGGUACACGAUCAACGUUUGGACGCUAUCUUCAGGAAUAUUACAGAGAGUAUGCAUCAAUCUCCUGUUGCCUUCUUUGCCACCCUGUCGACCAGUUUUACAACAUCCACCUUCUCUCAGACGGUCGUAUUUGAAAAAGUUGUCACGGACGUGGGCGGGGGUUACAACCCGGGGACAGGUGUGUUCACCGCCCCGGUUGACGGUCUAUACGUGUUCUCAACUUCUGUCAUGGUUGACCUGUCCACGUCAACGACCGAUGCUAAAAUCAGAAUAAACAAGAACGGCAGUAAAGUAGUGUACCUCUAUUUCAACGACAGUGACGGUAACUUCGAGACAGUCUCAGGCACUGUCAUUCUUUCGAUGCAGGUCGGGGAUAUCGUAAAUGUGGAUUGCGAUAAUUCUGAACGAAGCAUCUUGGGUGCUCAAUAUACGUUCUUUUCUGGUUUUAGAUUGUGAUCAGCGAGUGAAUGAGAACAGGACAAUUAAUGAAAUGAGCUCGCCAUAUUAUUUUCGAUAUAUAUUCAAUUAGUUCAAUUCAAAAAUCCCAACUAGUUCGUAACUUGAAACGAGACUAGCUGAGUCGAUGUCUUAUUGUCUUAUAUGAAAUACAAAUGGAAAAGAGAACUACCAACCAGCCUAUUCUCCUCUCUUUCUCAGUUCUCCGUACCCUACCCCCUUCUUAGAAAGGAGAAAAAGGACAGUAUCACAUAAUAAUGGCCUGUGAAAACGGACAUUUUGCGAAAGAAAUAUGGCCACUAUCACUAUCUUAGAAAAAAACACUUUUGCCGAAGACAUGUGGACACCGUAGCAACUGUAUAUUAGCAUAUGUUCAGAGGUUAGGCGUUUAAUCGAUUGCAAAAAGUGACAACCAACAACCGAAAAGUCAAGUUACUUACCGGGCAUGUGACGACUUGACUUACAGCAAUGUGCAAGAGGACACCUUCCGAAGACCUUGUUGUGCCAACGUUU